CCCCUCUUCGGUGGCCGGGUAUCAGAAACCGGAUGCCGGAUCGUUUAGAUCGGUGGUGAAUCGGAGUCCAUCAGCACCCGGAAGUGCCGUAAACUCUGCAGUGACUCUGCGUUUGAUCGCCAUCCCCAGGCAGGAUUCGGCGCGCCCGCCAGUGCAUUGAAAGAAGGGCCCGUUCGUGCGAACUACGUUGUGUAAAAUUCGAGUGAUUUAUAAAUUUAGAAUAUCAUCAGCUCGGGCACGCUCGACGAUCGCGGCAACGGUGACGCCGCGACACCACCUCUGCGGGGCUUAGCAGAGGGGCCCUGCCUCUGGUUGAUCUGGUGGUUAAAUGUGAAAGCGAUACCGACCGAUACACUCUGCCUUCGACGACAUCGAUUGGCUGCAGGAAAAUUCGCGGAAAACGCGCUUUAAUUGUGCAUUGUGCGAUUGCGUUGCGUUGGUUCGUGGCGUUGGUCUUUGUUCACCGCGCAUACCAUUCGGCUGUGUCGCUGUGGCCACACCCGGAUGCCACACCAGUGCAAACCAUAUGCAGUAUGGCUUCUAACCGAUUCGAGUGUUGCAAAAAGUAUUGUGUCGGCGAAAACAAUGGUUGUCCGUGAGUGCACGAUCACGGGAAGAAAGUGAUCGCGGCCGAAUCCGGGUCCGGUCGGCGUGAAAUUAUUGAAGAAAAAGAAUUCCUAGAAGAGCGCAUGAUCGAUGGGCCUAAGCGUGAGACCGUGAUUUCAACUACGAAGCAGAACUUGUGACAUACAAUUUACAAUCGGAUACACUGAACUUUCCACUCUCGGAUACUCGACACAGGGCCGGUGGCGACGGUGAUGUUGUUGAUGUCGGACCCGCAACCCAAGGCUUGCCGAGUACGACACGCAACCACCGGCGGAGCAAAUGACCGGAAGUGGUACUGAGAAAGAGUAAAACAUUAAGCAGAACCCUGUUCUAGCCAGUCCGGAAGCAUCGAGCCGCGCUAAGCCGCUAGUUCACCCCCCUUCUGUGAGAGCCAUGUCUUCGACCAAGAAGUCGACGAGCACCAUCCACAAGAUCCGCGAGUUCGAGCUGGACAAGGUGGUGCUGUCGGAUGAGUUCGAUAUCCUGCAGAUCGUCGGCGAGGGCUGGUUCGGCAAGAUACUUCUGGUCGAGCACCGAGCCACCGACACGGAGAUGGUGCUGAAGCUGCUCCCGAAGCCGUUCGUGUCGCUGACGGACUUUUACAAAGAGUUCCACUUCAGUCUGAUGCUGGGGCAGCACAAGAACAUUGUGACAACGUAUGACGUGGCAUUCGAGACGGCCGGUUUCUACGUCUUCACGCAAGAGUACGCACCGCUGGGGGACCUAACGUCGAACGUGUCGGACAGUGGCAUCGGGGAGCUACACACCAAGCGCGUGGCGAGGCAGCUGGCCUCGGCCAUCGAUUACAUUCACCAAAAGGAGCUGAUACACAGGGACAUCAAGCUGGACAAUGUGUUGGUGUUUCGGUCGGACUUUGCGCGCAUCAAGCUGUGCGACUUUGGGGAAUCGCGCCGACUCGGCGAAGAGGUCCUACGGCGGAACGAGUGGCUACCGUACAGCCCGCCGGAAGUGUUGCUGGUCAAAACGGAUGAUAAAUACAAGACUGAUACGGCCCACGAUGUGUGGCAGUUUGGGAUCGUGUGCUUCGUAUGUCUGACCGGGUGCCUGCCGUGGCAGAAGGCGUCCAGCGACGAUCCGCGGUACAACCGGUACCAGCAGUGGCACCAGGCGACGCUCACCUUCCCGAUGAAGCGCUGCCCGAAGCUGUUCAAGCUGCUGUCGGCGAGGGCGUGCAAGCUGUUCAAAAAGUUUCUGGACCCCCGGUCCGAGCGGCGCCUCAAGACGCUGAGCGACCUACAGAAGUACCUGGACGAUCGGUGGCUCGGCAAGACGGCCGAACGGGAGAUGGCCGAGAACGAGCCGGACGAGCUGUGCCCGUCCAUGUACUCGUUCCACAGCAGCGUCGAGGAGAAGAACAAACUGCUCGGGACGCUGGCCCAGUGCGGGAUCGAAACGACGGUGGACCGGGCGGCCAAGAAGAACCGCAUCCGCGACUGGAUCCAAUCGUCGGUGAUCGCCGAAGAGGAGGAGGAAGAUGAUUCCGGCACGGCGACACCCUCGUCAACCGUGUCCCGGACCGCCGUCCCCGGGCACGUAUCGUCGGUGGCGGCCCUGGAGAAGGCCGAAAAGAAGAUCAACUCGACUGUAAAGGAAGCGUCCCACAAGCAUAUCGACCCACGCACCGGCAACGUCCAGGUUGGCCCGAGCGAAAUGGGAUCGGUGAGCGGGACGGACGGCAACAACAACAACAACAGCCCGGUGCCCAACAUUAACGGCCACUCGGCGGUGGCAGGCCGACACAGUCUCCUCCAAGCCACGCACGGCCUGGUGCGGGUGGCAUUUAGCUCGGUGGCCGCCGUCACGGUGCCGGAGGCCAACCGGAACGGGGCACUCGGCCAGAAGGGCAUCACGACGGUGCGGGACAGUGGCUACGGUAGCUCGAACGGUAACGGUGGCACCACGAAGCCGGCCGGCAGGAAGCUUGCAGCCAAGUCGCCGACCCUUCAGAAGCGAUCCAACCUAAUCCGGUCGGAAAGUGCCCCGCACGAGGAGCAGGAGGAACCGGACGAGCGCGACAGCCAGAGUCUGGAGUUUGACGAGCUGGAGACGGACCGUGGCUCGAACGGGUUCCUGAACGCGCCGCCGCCGCCGGAGAAGCGGGCGGUCGACAAGAAACCGGAAAGCACCUACGACAAGCUGUUCUUCCGACGGAAAUGAUCCUCUCACUUUUUAGACCUUUAGUCCCGCAACCUCAACAUACUAGGCAAUCGCGGCGUUGAUCGCUUGUGGUUUGGUUUCACACACACACACACACACACCGUGCACCGAUGAGUGAUGUUUUUGAGGUUUGAGGCAACACCAUAGAGCAAUAGAGCAACUCUGUACACUGCACCAGCCAGCGCUGUGAUUGCCGCGUCAAUGCCGCCAAGCCCCAAAACUUGAGCUUGGUCUUUUCCCAAACUUGGUCAUUGGUCUUUUCUCAACUCAAGCCGGACGAGGACGACUAGAGGCGGACUAUACGGCAAAAUGGCGCACCGGGCUGCGAACGAUUGUGGACCAUAAACUUGU